AUGAGUCAUUGUAGAAGUGAACAUAAUGAAAAUCGAGAUAAUGUUAGAUGUUUGAAUGAAAGCGAAAUUGAAUCAGGGAAAAAUGUAAUAAAACCUUGGAAUGAGAGAAAUGACACAGCUAAGUUUGUGGAAAGUGAUUCAGAUGAACAAUUGAUCCUUUUCAUUCCAUUUACUGGUAGCGUUAAGUUAAAAUCAAUCUUUAUUAAAUCUGAUUCAGGAGAAGAUUGUCCACGUUUAUUGAAAGUUUACAUUAAUCGUGAAGAUAUUGAUUUUGAUAAUGUUGAAAGUUUCACUGCAACUCAAGAAUGGGAAUUGAUUCAAACAAAUGAUGUAGCUGAAUAUCAAACUAGAAUUACCAAAAUGUAUAAUGUAAGAAAUAUAACUUUAUAUUUCCAAGAAAAUUACGGAGGUGAAACUACAAAAUUGUUUUAUGUUGGAUUUAAAGGAGAAUGGACUGAGAUCAAGAAAGACCAUGUUAUAACUUUAUAUGAAGCAGCUCCAAAUCCUGCUGAUCAUAAAAAGUCAAUUAAUGAAAAUAUGAAUUUAACUAUUGAAGAUUUUAAAAAUAUUGGGAAAAUACCUUGUGCCCGUGAUAGUUUUUUAUAUGGAGUUAGUGGAGGUAUUGGUGUAGGAGCCUUCAAAUAUUAUUUACAAAAACUUUCAAAUUGGGCAUUUGGAGCAUUUAGUUUAAUUGCAAUUGGAUCAUGGUGA